UCAUAUCCAUCACAAACCACAAGAACUUUUCAGUUUUCACCCUUUUCUCCUGCUCUACUCUCAUCUCUUCUCCGAUCAAGAAAAUAAAAUAAAAAAAAGUUAAAGAAAGAUUGUCAAAAAAUGUCAGGAGGGGUUGGUCCAGUGAGUGAGAUAAGCACCUCAAAAGAACAAGAAGACGAGGCCACGGUGAAGGAGAAGCAAGAGCACAAAGUAUUCAACAAACCAAAAAAAACCAACAGCUUCUCGUCUCUCCAACAACUCAACGCUCUGGCCGUGAUCAUAGUCCUCUCAGCCAGCGGCAUGGUCAGCAUCCAAGACUUCGCCUUCGUAGUCUUCACUCUUUUCUACAUGUACUUCAUCUCCAAGGUCGCUUUCCCCACCUUCUCUUCGUCAGCAGAGCCUCCCGUCUUCGGCGAAAAAAACAGAAUUUUAGGCCUCUACGUGUUCACCGGAGCCCUGAUCGGCCUAUUUCUCCCCAUAGCUUACAUAUUCGAAGGAGUCGUGGAGGGAGACAAAGAGGGUAUCCAGGCCGCUGUGCCACACGUGUUUCUUCUGGCGAGCCAGGUGUUUAUGGAAGGGGUGGCGUUUUCGGACCGGUUUUCGCUUCCUAUUCGGGUUUUCGUGCCGGUGGUUUAUAAUUCAGCGAGGAUUUUCACCAUCAUGGAUUGGUUGAGGACUGAGAUAUCGAAAGGGCACCGAGAGUUUAGUGGGAGCGAGAGGAGAUUGGUUGUUGGGAGAGGUUUGGCGGUGGCGAAUUUGGCGUUUUGGAGUUUUAAUUUGUUUGGGUUUUUGUUGCCUUUUUAUAUGCCGAAAGCCUUCAAGGCUUACUACGCUUCCUCGCCCGAGAUAAAGAAGGCAGCUUGAUAGUAUUAGAUUGAAAAUUAAAAACCGUGUAUCUACCUGGUUUUAGAGUUCUAGUUGUGUUUGUUCCUAAGAUAUGCAAUGGGAUUGUAAUUUUAGUGUUUCAUGGUUCAAUCAUGGCAAUAAUCCCUUGUUUUGGUCUUUUAA